GAUGAUGAAGCUGUCAAAAAGGCAGUGAAUGAGUAUGAUGACAUUCUGGAGAAGUAUAUUCCCGUGUUGAUGGCCCAGGCAAAGAUCUACUGGAACCUUGAGAAUUAUCCAAUGGUGGAAAAGAUCUUCCGCAAAUCUGUGGAAUUCUGUAAUGACCAUGAUGUGUGGAAGCUGAACGUGGCCCAUGUCCUGUUCAUGCAGGAAAACAAAUACAAAGAAGCUAUCGGUUUCUAUGAACCCAUAGUCAAGAAGCAUUAUGACAACAUCCUGAAUGUCAGUGCUGUUGUGCUGGCUAACCUGUGUGUUUCAUACAUCAUGACAAGUCAGAAUGAAGAAGCUGAGGAGUUGAUGAGAAAGAUUGAAAAGGAGGAAGAGCAGCUGUCCUACGGUGACCCAGAUAAGAAAAUCUACCACCUCUGCAUUGUGAAUUUGGUGAUAGGGACACUCUAUUGUGCCAAAGGAAAUUAUGAUUUUGGUAUUUCUCGGGUUAUCAAAAGCCUGGAACCCUAUCAUAAGAAACUGGGAACUGAUACCUGGUAUUAUGCCAAAAGAUGCUUCCUGUCCUUAUUAGAAAACAUGUCAAAA